AUGGGUGGGAAAACGAGCAAGCCACUUUACCAGGGAACGCCUGGGGGGAGUCAAGAAACUAACCAAAAGGAGACCAAAGGAGACACUGGUCAAGAACUGGCAAAGGAAUUUGCGUCCAAACUGUCGCUCGGACCGUCGAAGAAAGAGGGCAGACGACACGCUCCAGCGCAACAGGGACACAAGUGUGAGGCGAGGACCGGAGCAAAGGAGAGGGCCAAAGCCGGACCAAGUGAGAAAUCACUACCAGGAUCUCAAGAAGUGAACGGUGAAGCUGACCCAACAAGUUAUGGCUCGAGUGCAGAUACACCUUUCCAUACUGAUGAAGUCAAUGCCGCUGUUGCUGUACUUACUCUCAUCACCGAUAUCUGCAAACAGGCUCCCAACCCUUCCAUCGAAGAACAAAGGCAGCUGCUUGCCAUCUUCGAACAGAUGCCGUAUCUCUUGACCCUAGAGGCACGUCGAAGGUACGGAGAAGAAGUUGUCUUGGCAGUUCAAUUUCUGACCACAGUGUACGAUCAUCCUGAAUCGGUGAACUGGGGAGCCAUUGAAAGCUUUGAUGACUUGCAGCUUACUUUGGAAAGCUUGAAAAGGUUUGGGAGCCGCACAGAAGCCAGACCAAGAGAAGGACCAUAUGGGGAGUUUAUUGUAUGA